AUGCGGUCCGGCUUCAUUGCGGCGGUGCUGGCCGGUUUGGCAGGUAGGUGCUUGUAGUUUGAGUAUUUUACUAAAUUUAAAAAGUAUUUAUGAACAAAGUAUGUCCUCUAGUUUAUAUUAGGCUGUAUAAAACGUUUCGGACCCCUAAAUCUUUUUUGAGAAGUAACACUAACGACUACUUAUUAACCAUAUAGCACGAAAAGGGUGAUAUGAAAAGGGUAGGGAAUGGUCGGACUUUUUUUUAUAAAAUUUUGGCAUGAGUAAACGAAAAAAUAUUUUUAAAGCACAAUUUUACAGUUUUACUUCUAAAAAAAAUUUUGGGCGGGGUAAAAAUGACACGGGGAAUUAUAUUUUUUUUGCGAAAUCACAAUCAAACCUCUUUCAUAUGAUACUCUUGGGACUAUUUUAAGCCUGUCUUUAUAAUCAGGGUGUUACACUAGCUAGGGACUUGUUGAUAAGGGUUCUAUGACAAAACGUGGUCAAAACGCUGUCGUUAUAAUGAGGGUGUUAUACAACUACCGAGGGUCAUACUAAAGUUUUGAUAGUAUUAAAAUGAGGUUUCAAAGAAGUUUAAAUUCAAGUUUUUUUAGAUGCUAGAGAGCAAUAGGACAAUAUUUUAACAAAGAAAAUAUUCAAAUCCUUUUUAAGAAAAAUUUUUACAACUUUUUUUUUAAAUUUAAAAUUCAAUUCCAGCGGCCCAAAUCACGACAAUCUGCUCAGACCAAAAAACCUUGCCAUUACUCGAAGGUAAAGGUGACAUCUACGCGUGUGACACAGACUGUCCUGAUGGCUUUGCUUGUGAGAAGGAGGAAGGAGAUGAAGUUGGAGUUUGUUGCCCCAACCUAAAAGAAUUGAGUGAAUUAUAUGGAGAUCAAAAUGAAACCGCCAAAGUUGAUUUUCAAAAAGCUGCGGUUCAUAAAAACGUGGAAGAAAAGGACAAGAAGGAGAUUAGAAGGUCUCCUGGACGGGCUCAGAGGGGUAGGUUAUAUGAAGGGAUAAAAAAGGGAAAAUAGGAGAGGGGGGGGGGAGGUGUCUAAAAUAUUUUUUUUUAAAUUUGAAUUUAAAAAAUCUUGCCCGUGGCUAAAAUUACUGAAGCUAUUCUUCAGUCCCUCUACCAUUAGCUCCACAACCAUCACCAUUACCCCUCUCAUCAUCAUCUCUACUAUCACAACCAACAACAUCAACACCAUCAGAUCAACCCCAAAAACCGACCGGUAUAAUUUGUGAACGCCAAAAGUUCAAAACAACUUGUGAAUCUAAUGGUUUCAUCAAAUCAACACAAUUUGUACUACGAUGGUAUGUUCAGAAUGGUAAAUGUCAUUCAUACCCAUUCGGCUUCUGCCCUGGUACUAGAGUGGAUCAUGAUAGGACCAUGAGGACCAAAGAUGAUUGUGAAUUACUUUGUUUGACUCCAGAAGAGUUUAGACAUUCAGAUUUGUUUGACUUCUUGGCUACAGCUGAAGGAGCGAUCACACAACAGCCAGAAUUUGAAGCUUUAGAUGAGCUACCGUCUAAUGAAGCUGCUGUUGAGUUGGAGACGGCUACACAGAUUUUGGAAGAACAGAAAGCGGAGAAGACAUUGGAAAGUAAGUUUUUGUUUUGAGAGUGGUGUUUUUAAAAGGUUUAUUUUAUAGUACUUACAGAUAGGGUAGGAGAGAAUAGGGUAAGGUACGUUAAGUUAGUUUAUCUUACGAUAGGGGGACGACGGGUUGGGGUAGGGUAGGAUGUGGCAAGGUAGGGUAUAUAAGGUAAGGGAAAGUAAAACAAGUUAGAACAGGGCAUAGUAAGAUAGGGUAGAGUAAGGUGUGGUAGGGUAGGGCAAGGUAAAGCAGCCUGAUUGCCAUUUUAUACCUUAUAUUCUUCAGAAUUCAAGAAUCCAGAUGCAUGUGUUCAAUUCCUUCCAUUUAAAGCCAUGUGCCACAAAACGAUGAGGCCAUCUCAUUUCACGGUACGGUGGGUUGUGCUAAACGGUAAAUGUGAGUCAUAUCCAUAUGGGUAUUGCCCUGAAGAGUAUGAUCCAGAAGUGUUGAUAUUGAGUACGAAAGAGCAAUGCGAAGCUUUUUGUUCUCAUGAGCUAAAGCCUUAG